GCAAGGGGGCAUUGCGAUUCCACUCCGUUGUCAACGUCCACAUUGAAAUGAAUGACAUCCUUUGCAAUGUACAUCCGUUGCAAUGUAAAGGAGUGCUUAUGGUUAAUGGGAACAAGGCUUUGUCUGAAUCGGGCCCAUUAAGACUGCAGCUCCAGCGGGAAUGAUGCUGAUGCUGCGUCCACGCUCAAGUGUCUCUACUGCGCAGUCGCCGAUGCAACAAACGCAGUGAGAGAAAGGAGAUGGGAUAAUGGCCCUCGAUAAUUUAAUUUUCGGACAAUGCAUCCUCUAUUUUUUGGCGUUUGUGCUUGGUUUUAUUGCCGUAGUGGCUCUCUCCGAAAACACGGAGGAUUUUCAUGGAAAAUGCUUGCUUUUCACGCGUGGUAUGUGGCAGAAUGAGAACAUUACAGUCUCAAAGCAGCGCUUUAUCAUUGAGGAGUGGGGACCGGAGUCUUCCUGCAGUUUCAUCACUUUUGUCGGGAUAGCAUCUCUCAUCCUGUCCGCAGUGCAGUCAUGGAGACUGCUGUUGUUUCUUUUCAAAGGCCACGACGAUUCCCUAUUCAAUGCCUUCCUGAAUCUGGUGAUCAGCUCCUUGGUGGUGUUCACAGUGUUCCUCUCCAGUACCAUCAUCAGUGUGGGCUUCAACCUGUGGUGUGACGCCAUCACAGAGGGGGGGAGCAUGCCCAGCAGCUGUGAGGACCUGCAGGACACUGAUCUGGAGUUAGGACUGGACAACUCCUCGUUCUAUGACCAGUUUGCCAUUGCCCAGUUUGGUCUGUGGGCAGCGUGGCUGACGUGGCUGGGCAUCACAGUCAUGUCCUUCCUCAAGGUCUACCACAACUACCGCCAGGAGGACCUUCUGGACAGUCUUAUCCACGAGAAGGAGCUGCUGCUGGGACACUCGUCCCGCCUGGGCUCCGAUGCCAACCAGUUGAAGAGUGGCAUGAUCUAACACCCAGAGGGCACGUGCACAUUAGUGACACAUAUCCUCCUAUCCUACCCCAACUGCCAUAAUAGAUAAGCCAGCCCCUGUCAAUCUACACUGAGUGUACAACAUAUUAGGAACAGCUUCCUAAUAUUGAGUUGCACCCCCCUUUGCCCUCAGAACAG